GCAGUCUCCCUCCCAGAAGAGUUGAAACCAUAUUUCAUGGGGAGUGAAGAAGGAUCACCUCACGUGACGCUCGCUAUCUCAAGACAUCACACAUCAAGACAACUUGGCCCGAUGGUCAAGCUCGCCUCAAGUCUACAAUAUGAGGCCACUGAAGUCGAAGGUGUUUUCUACAACUCACAACACCAGAUGUUCAGAGUGGUACUACCCCAAGGUUCUGAAGAUAACACAAGAACAUCCAAACAAACUAGACAACGAACUUCUGAAAACCAUCCGGAUACUGAGAAGUACCUUGCACAAGUACCAUCAAACAUCUGGAUGACACACCCGAACGAUGUGGGUCAGACAAGGCAUACCGUUAAAGUGCAACUUACCACCGACAAACCAAUAUAUAUCAUCCUCAAUAUCCACUUAGAGAAGACCAAGUAGCUGGGAUUCAAGAGACUAUCAACGGAUUACUAGAAUCUGGAGUGAUAUAUGAAACAGAAUCAGACUAUAACACACCACUUUUUCCAGUGAAGAAAUCAGAUCUGCAAAACUGGAGGAUGGUCCAAGAUUUUCGUCCACUCAACGAGAUAACAGCAGGAGAAUCAUAUCCAGUGCCAGAUCCAUAUCUAACUUUAAAUAAUCUUUCUCCAGAACAUUGUUUUUAUACUGUGAUCGAUCUGGCCAAUGCAUUUUUUACUAUCAACUUGGACGCCUCAUCCCAGAAAUACUUUGCCUUCAGACACGGAAACAAAGUUUAUUCAUACAGAAGAAUGCCCAUGGGUUGGAAGCACAGUCCCGGGUUCUUCAGCAACUUCUUAAGAAAAGAUCUGGCAGAUUUGGAUUUCCCAGAGUCGUGUACCCUAAUCACUUACGUGGAUGACAUCCUCAUCGCUGGAAAAAACGGCAAAAGACGUCCUAAAAGCAACAGUACAAUUGCUUACACAUCUCUCAAAGAAAGGGUACAAGGUCAAAAGGCAGAAGAUGCAAGUUGCAAGACAAACAGUGCACUUCCUUGGACGGGAAGUAUCAAACGGUGCACAAGGAGUGACCGACAGUAACAAAGACGCCAUCUUGAAUGCUCCAAAACCAGUCACAGUACGUCAAAUGCUCAGUUUUCUGGGACUCUGUAAUUUCUCUCGAGAGUAUGUCCCUGGCUACACCGAACUCACCACGCCUCUCAGAGAGCUCAUUAAGCCACAUGGUAUGCAUAAUCUUUCAGCUGAAUUAUUCUGGACGGCAGAAGCAGAGGAGGCAUUUAUCAAGACAAAACAAGCUAUUUGUACCGCCUGUAGCUUAUGCGCUCCAAAUUAUGAUAUUCCUUUUCACCUGGAUGUGACGGAGAAACAAUCAUUUGUCCAAGCUGUUCUUUAUCAAAAACAUCAUCAAAGUCGAAGAGUGUUGAAACAUUACUCCUGCAAGUUGGAUCCACACGAACAGACUCAACCUGGUUGUGCUCGUUACCUGGCUGCUUUGACAAGGACAAUUGAGAAGACCUCACAUAUUGUGCAAAAUCAUCCACUGGUGAUACACACUCAACAUGGAAUACUUGCUUAUCUCAACUCUCGUCUGUUCAUUACCACUGCACGAAGAUCCAGCAACAUUUCAAAAACUCUGCAACAGCCCCACAUUACUUAUGAAGGAGGAAACAUCAAUAUGGCAACAAAUAUGGAGACUGAAGGAAUUCCACACGUGUGUGAAGAAAAAGUCAAAACUGAACUGUAUGUGAGAGCAGAUUUGCAUACUACUCCACUUUCAAAUCCAGACAUGACUAUUUUCUGUGAUGGCUGUUCCUACAGAGCAAAAGAAGGCCAUGUCAUAUCAUCGUAUGCAGUGGUGGAACAACUGCCCUCCAACCAAUAUCGUCUGAUGGAAGCCCAACAGAUAACGAAAGGAUCUGCACAAGUAGCUGAGCUUACGGCGAUGUUACGUGCACUGCAACUUUCAGAAGGCAAAGCAGUAAAUAUCUAUACAGAUUCAAUUUAUGCCUACAAGACUGUCACAUUGUCCUUGGCCGGUUGGAUCAGAAAUGGCUUCAAACUUAUGACCGGCCUCCCAAUUAAGCAUGAACAACUGAUUAAACAACUCAUAGACGCUGUUCAACUGCCAUCAAGACUUGCCAUCAUGAAAUGCAAAGCUCACACAAAGGGAACAGACUCUAUUUCCCUGGGAAAUCAAGCGGCAGACCAAGCUGCGAAGAAAGCUGCAAAUUAUGAUGCAAGAAACAUGCUUGUCCAUGUUGAUGGAAACGUUGAGAUGCUACCCGAUGCAAAUGUAAUAGAUGCAACAUACAUAAAGGAAAUUCAAGAAGCAGCUGGAGUCUACGAACAGAGCGCCUGGAAACAACGUGGUGCUACAAAAGAUGCUACAGGAAUUUGGAGAAAUCAUGAAGGACGCAUUCUGGCUCCAACACCGUUGCUUCGAAUGCUCUUUGAAGAAUACCACACCCCAACUCAUCGAAGUUAUGAAGCCAUCUCGAAACAUAUUGAUUUAUGGUGGCAUCCUCAUUUGAAGCCGAUUAUGCAAUAUUGGAUAGACGAGUGUCACGUUUGUCAGACUAUGAACCCGAAGAAGUCUUGCAAGCCACCUCCAGGAACUUAUGCUCUCCCAAAUAAGCCUUUUGAAAGAAUCGUCAUGGAUUUCACAGACAUGGGUCCUGAGAUGAGAGUCCGAGGAUACCGUUACCUGUUGGUUAUAGUCUGUGAGUACACCAAAUGGGUUGAAGCAUUCCCCUGUAAGACAGAAACUGCAAAGGAAGUCGUCAAACAUUUAACUACUGAUGUUUUUCCACGUUUUGGCAUUCCAGAUGUCAUAAGAUCUGACAAUGGGACACAUUUCACCGCCAAAAUAGUCCGUGAUGUGCUAAAGGCUCUUAACAUCACCCAGCGCUUUGGAACUGUCUAUCACGCCGCCAGCCAAGGAGUCUGUGAACGAAUGAAUGCAACUGUCAAGAGAAAACUUGCAAAGGUCUGGAAAACUACAAAACUUGAUUGGGUCACUGCCCUACCGUUCGUCCUGAUGGACAUCAGAAACAGUGUAAAUAAAACUACAUCAUAUUCUCCUCAUCUACUACUGACUGGAAGAGAAAUGCAUAAACCUGAAGGCCCAUUCACUGAAGAUGCACCAUUCAUAGACUGGGACAAACAACAUCACGCAUAUGUCCAACAGCUUCAAGAAAUAGUGAUGCAGCUGCAUAAAUGUCGACAAAGAACGCAUGACUUACAGGAUGAAGAUGGGGAAAACCAACGAAAUCCGGACACUGCUGGAACCAGAGAACCUAAGAAACAACCCUGUCCACCGUCCACCACUGAGGCUCCAGAGGAGGAGGAGAAAAAGGGGAGAAAACAUAGAAGGGGAGUAUAGGCCAUGCUUUUUGAGAAAUUCUCAGUGUCUAUCUUUGAUUAUGCUAAUCUUUAUCUGUUGUAUCUGCUUUAUAGUACCUAUCCAUAGAAGCCUUGGAACUGACCUCGGACAGCCACAGCCAACAAUCAAAGAAACAACUGAGCUGGCGACCAACAAUACGGGUAAGGGUCAAGGAGCACUGAACAGAUUAAAAAGAGAAACACCAAAACUUGCGAAAUUUUGUUAUGAGGGACAAACUUGCAAUAUCCUAUUUGACGCAUGCGAAGUUUUCGACUGCAUGUUAAAUAUCCCAGCUAUAGAUCACGUAUUCAAUGUACAAGUUCUUUGCAAAGAUACUUGUCUGACAGGAAAAAAUGGUAAUUCAAUAGGGUUUGCCAGAGUUAUAGCCAGUACUGAUGAGCAACACGAAACAGAAAAUACUUUCAAAACUGAUUUACAACAGAGAAUUACUCUAACAAAAAACAGGAAAGAUGAUGCAGCUUUCCAAGCAGACUUAAAACAUUGUAGAGGGCGUAAAUCAAUUACACAACGAUGUAAUCCUUUGUUAUUAUCAAUUCAAAAUUCAAUAUUUAAU